AUGAAAACGUUAGCUCUACUAUUGCUCGUAGCCUUUAUAGGGCUCGGUGAGCCCUACAAAAUCCUGAUGUACACUAAUCUAUUCGGUCACAGUCACAUCAAAAUGUUGGGUGCUGUUUCGGAUACAUUGACAGAUGCAGGACAUGAUGUGACCGUUCUAAUGCCUGUAAUCGACUUCAAACAAGAGAACAAAACAGCAAUGAAAUCAACGAAGAACAUCAUUAAAGUGCCACCAGGACAGGAUACUGCUGAAACAAUUGCAACUAUGGAGAAGUUCAUGACGCAGUUGUGGACAUCCGACAACUCAAAUCCACUUUUUAUGCUAUUCCACGCCCCCGCCAUGUCCGCCAUCUUCGCUUCUCAAUGCAGACGAGUUCUUGAGGAUAAAGAACUGUUGGAAAGACUGAAAGCGGAAAAAUUCGACUUGGCGAUUACAGAACCUUUUGAUACAUGUGCCUACGAACUCUUCGACGCUAUCAAAAUCCGUGCUCAUGUGGCUGUUCUCGCUUGCAGUCGUCUUGAUCAUGUUUCCUCUGCAAUCGGACAACCAAUUGCACCGAGUUAUGUACCGGGAACCCAAUCAACUUAUGGGGAGAAGAUGACAGUUGGACAAAAGUUCAUGAAUAUUCUGCACUUUGUGAUGGGAGAUUUCUUGUUCGGGUAUAUUGGAGAUGAGGAUUACAAGGUGGCGAAGGAAGUCGUGCCAGGAGUUCGGUCAUGGAGAGAAGUUCUUCCAGAAGCCUCAUACAUCUUCACCAACCACAUCCCUCUCAUGGACUUCCCCGCUCCAACAUUCGACAAAAUCAUUCCAAUCGGUGGAAUCUCUGUAAAAACUCAACGGAAAUCACUUCAACUCCCAGAAAAAUGGGACAAGAUUCUUGGAAUUCGCAAGAAGAAUGUGUUGAUCUCAUUUGGGUCGAACGCGAGAUCAGCGGACAUGCCAGAGGAGUUCAAGAAGAAUAUCUUACGAGUAGCUGAAUCAAUGCCAGAAGUGACAUUCAUUUGGAAGUAUGAGAAUGAGAAGGACACGUUGGCAGAUCAUUUGAAGAAUGUGUACUUGGGGGAUUGGUUGCCACAGAAUGAGUUAUUGGGCGACCCACGUCUUUCUCUGUUUGUCACUCAUGGAGGACUUGCCAGUGUCACUGAACUGGCUCUGAUGGGAAAGCCGGCGGUUAUGGUCCCCCUCUUCGCUGACCAAGCUAGAAACGCCAUGAUGCUCAAAAGACACGGAGGUGCUCAAGUGCUUCACAAGACUGAUUUGGGAGAUUCUAAAGUUAUCAAAAAGGCGAUUGAAGAAGUUUUGUUCAAUGAUGAAUACCAAAAGAGCGCUGAACGACUAGCGGAGAUGCUCAACAAUCAACCAACAGAUCCGAAGGAGACAUUGGUGAAGCAUGUGGAAUUUGCAGCGAGGUUCGGUCAACUCCCGUCAAUGGAUCCAUACGGUCGUCAUCAAUCGUACUUUGAGUACUACCUGCUUGAUAUUAUCUCAAUUGCACUUCUUAUCAUUCUCACUGUGUCUUACAUCUCUUUCAGAAUCCUUCGUUGUGUUUUUGGACUUUGUUUCAGAAGCAAGAAAGUGAAGCAUGAGUAG